GCAGAUGAAAGAGGCUGUCACGACUGACCCAGAAAAGCUUUCAGGGACUGGUGAGGAGGUACCAAAGGUUUUCUCAGCACGUAAGAUCUCACUCGGCAGCACUAAAUCAUCCCCCGGCAGUGGAGAGGGUGAACAGGAGUCUGCACCUGUUGGCCGCAAGAGAAGAUGGGGCUCCAGCACAGCUGUCACUGCCAAGAAACCCUCCAUCAGCAUCACCACUGAUUCACUUAAGUCUUUGAUUCCUGAUAUCAAGCCAUCCCUGGGCCAGGAGGCAGUAGUMGAUCUUCAUCCUGAGGAACCUGCUCUAUCUGGGGCUGAGGACGAAGAGCAUGAGGGUUCUGACCAGAACCUUCAGAUCCGACGCACGGUCACACAGGUGGUGCAUACUGAGGAGAAUGGACAGCAAGAGGCAAAGAGAAGCAGGACUGAAGAGUUUGAAGAGGAGGAUUCACAGUUGGAGCAAGAAAGAAUAAAGGUCCAUGAAGAGCAGAUGGACACGUCCAUCCCUGAAGCUUUGGAAGCUCAGUCUCCACCUCAACUAAACCAAGACGUUGAAAUUGGCACUGUGACGCCCAGCGAAACCCUCAUUCGUCGCUCCAUCAAGCAGCAGAAAACGGGUGUUUCCAUCACCAUCGAUGACCCUGUUCGUACGAGCCGGCAGCCUUCACCYCCUCGAGGCAAAGUCUCCAAUAUUGUUCACGUCUGCAACCUGGUGAGGCCGUUCACACUCGGACAGCUCAAGGAGCUUCUCAGCAGAACAGGGACUCUGGUGGAGGAUGGCUUCUGGAUUGAUAAAAUCAAAUCCCAUUGUUAUGUUACUUACUCGUGUAUAGAGGAGGCAGUGGCUACACGAGCAGCUCUUCAUGGAGUUAAAUGGCCUCAAAGCAACCCAAAAGUCCUUCGAGUGGACUUCUGUGAGCAGGAUGAGUUGGAUUUCCACAAAGGCUUGAUUGUAGCAGACAAACCCGUAGGAGAAGAAGCGGGGCCGACCCCUGGACGUGGACGAACAUCAGGGCUGCCCUCCCUCCUCCCCGACAGAGAGCUGUGGGCCGAGCGCGAGCGAGAGAUGGAGCGUAGAGAGCGGGCUCGAGCGGAGCGGGAGUGGGAUCGUGACAAAGUCAAAGAGUUCGGGAAACCUGGGGAGGAGAAGGACGGAGGCCCUCGGAGGUCGCGCUCCAGAGAGAGACGACGCAAGGAGAGAGGGAAGAGCAAGGAGAAGAAGAUGGAAAAGAAAGCUGAAGACCCCCCAGCCAAACUGCUUGAUGACUUGUUCCUCAAAACUAAAGCAGCUCCUUGCAUUUACUGGCUUCCACUUACCGAGGAACAGUUUCUAGAGCGGGAAGCCGGCAGAGCAGAAAGGAAGAAACAACGCGAGAAGCUGAGGAAAGAACAAGAAGAAGAGGAGGCGAAGAAAAAGGAAGAGGAGCGUAAGGAGCGGGUGAAAGCUGCGGCUGCCCCAACAGGAGAUCGAAGUGAGGUUGGGGACAAGGACCGAGACAAAGAGAGGGACAGAGGUAGAGACAGAGACCGUGACAGGAUUAGAGACAGGGAGAGAGAGCGGGAGAACGACAAACGCAGGGAUGGUUAUCGUAGACCAGGAGGCAGCUCAGCUCGCCGCUCACGCAGCCGAAGCGAUCCGAAAGAGAGGAGACGCUAAAGGCUUACAAACUGUCCCCGACACCACCCUCUUCCAUUUGCCUUUCACUACAUGUACUUUACAACAAAGACCCAACAGAGGACCAAUUGAUGUCGUUUCCAUCCCUCGAAAAGUCACCUUUUUUUUAAAGCACAUCUACACCUACAGUCACGCUAAAGGAAACAGUGACUCCUGCAGUGUUUUAUCCAGAGUGCUGUACGUCUCGGUCUUGUCGGCAAUUUCCUUUUAAUCUUUCGCCAAUAUCUUCCUUCAGUUUUUGACCUGACCGUGUAGCAGUACAGCACGCUGAGCGUUUUUUUUUUCUUUUUUUCGUUCACUCCCAAAGUCUCACUUGUUCAAAACGUAGGUGUGCAGGUUAAUAAUGGAUGAAUCUUUUGGGGUCGAACACUCAGCGAUUUGGCGAGGAGUUCUUUUGUUGCUGCAUGUAGUACAAAGCUACCCUUGCCAAUCCUGCCAGAAGAAGAGUUUUCCUCCUGUGCAGUGGCUUGCAGAAAUCAGAAAAUAUUGCAAUUGUUUGGUAUUUUGUACAGAUCUAUAAGAAUAUUCAAAAAGUAGUCUUUAAAAUAAGGCAGCUGUGGGGGAUUUUCACUAAUGUGUAAAAAAAAAAAAGCCUACGAAAUAAAUGCAGUGUUCCUCUUUCUCUGUUAGGAGAUGAGAUCAUUCUCGGUGGGAGAGAAUCUGUCACACCUUACAAAAAUAAUUGUCCUCAUUUAACACCCCCUCCACCUCCCCAUCUAUCUUCCUCCCUUCCUGCCCUGUAGAGUCUGUACAGGUCUGAGAGGAGAGAUCGCGUUAUGACUUUACCACCAAUGGUUUUAAUAUUGUUUUUUAAUCGUUAUUUUAUCAUUUUAGUACAAAGAUUUCUUCUUGUUUUUAAUUGCUUUGAGUCGCCUAUCAGUGGUGAAUGUACAAAUAAUAAAAAUUGAAGUUUGAAGAGA